AUGUCGUUUAAGGAUUUCCCAACCCUUUCCGAGAAAAACCAGACCAUUUUGGUCGAGAGAUUACUUCAAUGGAGUUUGGCCAACGGUUUGGUCAUGUAUCCUCCCAAUUUCUCCAUUCAUUCUGCUAAUAAUGCUCCAAUCACUCUCUUCCCCACGCCUUUCCCCAAGGAUUUGUUCGAAAGAGCCGUGGAUGUACAGAAAUCAUUUAACAAGUUGUAUGUAAGCGUGGUUGCAAACCAGAAAAAGUGGCUCUUGGACGUCAUUGAGGGCUUGUCUGACUUCGACAAGGACUUCACCGGAAAGUUGUAUGAAACCUACACCAAAGCCGUUGAACUCGGCGGUGGAAAGAUCCCACAGCCUUUGACUUUGGGUGUUUUCCGUUCAGACUACAUGUACAAUGAGAAAGACCACUCAAUCAAACAAAUUGAGUUCAAUACUGUGUCAGUGUCUUUUGGAGGUUUAUCCACCAAAGUUGGCCAGGUUCACCAGUACUUGAACAAGAGCGGAGCCUAUGAUGAUUCUUACUCCAACAAGUACUAUCCUGAAGCAGAUCUCCCCAUCUCGGACUCGGUAAAUGAAAUCGCCAACGGUUUGGCCCAAGGAAACUACUUCUACAAUGAAGAAAAGGAAUCGACCAAAACUGUGGUUUUGUUUGUCGUCCAGGAAGGUGAACGCAACUGCUUUGACCAGAGACUUAUUGAGUACGCAUUGUUGAGCAAUUUCGGUAUCAAAUCAUACCGUUUGAGCUUGGAGCAGAUCAAACAAGAAACUACCAUCAAUUCAGGCAAGUUGUACUUGAAGGACACCAUGGACGAGGUAUCUGUGGUUUAUUAUCGGUCUGGGUAUGCUCCCUCUGAUUAUGAGUCCGAUCCAGAAACUACUUGGGAUGCCAGAUUAUUUCUCGAAUCCUCAAAGGCCAUCAAGUGUCCAUCUCUCUUGACUCAACUUUCUGGCGCAAAGAAAAUACAGCAAGUGUUGACAAAUGCCGAAAUUAUCAAGAAGUUCUUGCCAGGCGUUGAAGAGUCUGAGUUAGAGAAGUUGCUCUCCACGUUUGUCAAGAUCUACCCAUUGGAUGGAAGUGAACAAGGUCGGGCCGCCAAGAAACUUGCGCUUGAGGAGCCUGAAAACUUUGUGUUGAAGCCCCAGAGAGAGGGAGGAGGAAACAACGUGUACAAGCAGAGCAUUCCUGGCCAUUUGAAGUCGUUGCCAGAGAGCGAAUGGGGAGCAUACAUUUUGAUGGAGCUUAUUCAUCCACCUACCCACAAAAAUAAAAUCAUUCGCAACAGCGACGUUUACCACGAGGAAAUCAUUUCUGAGUUGGGUAUUUUCGGCACGGUCUUGUUUGACGAGGACACGGGAGACAUCAAGACCAACGAAAAUGCUGGCCAUUUGUUGAGAUCCAAGUUCAGCUCCAGUGACGAAGGAGGUGUGGCCGCCGGCUUUGGCUGCGUGGAUAACGUGUAUUUGUACUAA